ACAGACUACUGGGUGUGGUUUAUAAAGUGAGUUCCGUUAGCAGGAAAAGAAAAAAAAACCCCACUCUCUCUCUUUCAUUCACACACACACACUCACUCCACAGCUCUGAAACACACCGCAAAGAGAAAAGCAGAAGAGAGGAAUAAAAGGAGAGAAAAAAAAGAAAAAGGCAGAAGAAGGAAGAAAAGCGAAAGUUUGCGCCUGAAGACAGAGAGAGCGAGCGCGCGCGCUGGAUGGGAGAAGUUGUUCCAGGAGCUGCCUGCUGACGUCAUCGCGUUCUUUUUAAUAAGAUACUUUGUAAUUGAUUUAAAAUACGAAAGAAAGAAGAUCAAAGAUGCCGAAAACGAUCAGUGUUCGUGUGACCACGAUGGAUGCGGAGCUGGAGUUUGCCAUCCUGCCCAACACCACCGGCAAACAGCUCUUCGAUCAGGUGGUGAAGACCAUCGGCCUGAGAGAGGUCUGGUUCUUUGGCCUGCAGUAUCAGGACACCAAGGGUUUCCCAACCUGGCUCAAACUCAACAAGAAGGUGACAGCACAGGAUGUGCGUAAGGAGAGCCCACUGUUGUUUAAGUUUCGGGCGAAGUUUUACCCUGAGGACGUCUCUGAGGAGCUCAUACAGGAGGCCACGCAGAGACUCUUCUUUCUGCAGGUGAAGGAAGGAAUUCUGAACGAUGAUAUCUACUGCCCCCCGGAGACCGCCGUGUUACUCGCCUCAUACGCCGUUCAGGCCAAAUACACCGAUUACAACAAAGACGCACACACAACUGGAUACCUGUCCAACGACAAGCUCCUCCCCCAGAGAGUGUUGGAGCAGCACAAGCUGAAUAAGGAGCAGUGGGAGGAGCGAAUUCAGGUGUGGCAUGAGGAACACAAGGGCAUGCUCAGGGAGGACUCGAUGAUGGAGUACCUGAAGAUUGCUCAGGAUCUGGAGAUGUACGGUGUGAACUACUUCAGCAUUAAGAACAAGAAGGGCACGGAGCUGUGGCUGGGCGUCGACGCACUCGGACUCAACAUCUAUGAACAAACCGACAAGAUGACGCCGAAGAUCGGUUUCCCGUGGAGCGAGAUCAGAAACAUCUCCUUCAACGACAAGAAGUUUGUCAUCAAACCCAUCGAUAAGAAAGCACCGGACUUUGUGUUCUACGCCCCUCGUCUGCGCAUUAAUAAGCGUAUCCUGGCCCUGUGCAUGGGGAACCACGAGCUGUACAUGCGCCGCAGGAAACCCGACACCAUCGAGGUGCAGCAGAUGAAGGCGCAGGCCAAAGAGGAGAAGAACCACAAGAAGAUGGAGAGGGCUAUGCUGGAGAAUGAGAAGAAGAAGAGGGAGCAGGCGGAGAAGGAGAAGGAGAAGAUUGAGAAGGAGAAGGAGGAGCUGAUGGAGAGACUGAGACAGAUUGAGGAGCAGACCAAGAAAGCUCAAGAAGAGCUGGAGGAGCAGACCCGCAAAGCGCUGGAGCUCGAGCAGGAGAGGAAGAAAGCACAUGAAGAGGCGGAACGUCUAGAGAAAGAGAGAAGGACAGCUGAGGAGGCCAAACUCACCCUGCUGCAGCAGGCUGAGAACCAGAUGAAGAACCAGGAGCACCUGGCCACUGAGCUGGCGGAGCUUACCUCUAAGAUCUCUCUGCUAGAAGAUGCCAAGAAGAAAAAGGAGGAGGAAGCCGACUUGUGGCAGCAGAAGGCCACCAUGGUGCAGGAGGACCUGGAGAAGACGAAGGAGGAGCUGCAAAAGACGGUGACGGCGAUUCACGUGCAGGAACCCGUCCACGGAGAGAGCGAUCAUGAGGAGAGCGAUGAGAGCAGUGCGGAGGCCAGUGCCGAACUUACCAACGCUGCCGAUUACAAGGACCGCAGCGAGGAGGAGCGCAUGACCGAGGCUGAGAAGAACGAACGCGUGCAGAAACACCUGCAGGCUCUGAGCACGGAGCUGGCUAACGCUCGCGACGAGACCAAGAAGACGCAGAACGAUAUCAUCCAUGCGGAGAACGUGCGGGCCGGCCGCGACAAAUACAAGACGCUGCGGCAGAUCCGCUCCGGAAACACCAAACAGCGCAUCGAUGAGUUCGAGUGCAUGUAAACGCCAUGAGGGGUCGUGAGCGGCCAGCAGGGGGAGCCACAACCUGGCAACAGUUCCACACCAAGCACAGGCUACAGAUUAGAGUGAAAACAGGAAUAGCAAACGCUAUAGGGGCUACUGUAUCAUUAUAAGGGAGAUUACGCAUCUUUUGUAAUUUUUUUUUUUUUACCUUUAUAAUAAUAUAUACACAUAUAUAAUCUAUAUUUUUCAAACUGCAUGAUGGUUUUAAGAUCAGUUCUGUAGUUUUGUUCAUUUGGGUAGACUCUGUACAUCACUUCACCAACACAAAAAAACUCCGAAUGUGUAAUAACAAAUCAGGGCCAGUUUAUUUACCAAGUGCCGUUAAUUUUUCCGUUGAUACACUGAUGUGUGUGUAAUGACUUCGGCCUACACACUGAGGUUGUUAUUUACAGUCAGUGCCAAUAUGAUGAAGCAGUUUGUGUUUGUCCUUCGAUUCAUUUUUCCGGGUUUAUACGUUUUUAAAAAAGGGCUUCAUAAGUCUCGUAGCAAAUUUAAUUCCGUCUUUUUUAGAAUUGUGAAUAUCUCAUUACAGUUCCGCCUGGCUCAGCACAAUGUGAACAGUAUAAUUAUCUCUGAUUUAAUUAUAAACCUUCAGACUGAUGUACAUCUUCACUGCCCUAAUGAUCAUCCCUCGUGCCAAAUCAGUUUUUACACCAGUCUUCAUUUAUAUAAAUUGUGUGUGUGUGUGUGUGUGUGUGUGUGUGUGUGUGUGAGGUUCCCGUUGACGCCCCUCAGCGACACCAGCGCAGGUCUGUGGACGCUCCCUGCAUUCGCCAAUGCGGUCAAAGUUAAUAUCAAACUGUAAUUUUUUUUUUUUCAACAGUAGUUUUUAUUUUAUUCUAAUUCUAAGCUUUUGUUUUGUUUCCUUUUUUUAAGAAAUAAAAACUUUGCAGUAUUAUUUGGAAAAAUCUGUAUUAGAAAAAAACACACUUAAGAGCAGAGCAUUUUUUUUCCUUGUUGUAGAUUUUAGCUUCAUUUAGCGAGUGUGUGCUAUUUAUACACGACGCAUCGCUAAUACGUUACCGUCGUUGUGUUGUUUAACGCAGCUUUCCGCUGCACUGAAGCAAUAUGGUUAUUUUAUUUCGGGUUUCUUCUUCAGCUCUUGGAUAAUCACAACUGUUGCCGAUACGUCAAAGUUAGAGCAAGACCUUGGAUUAGUUUAUCUUCUGUUCGCCACGUGCCUUCUGUUUAGCCAAUCAAGAACAAGGAUAUUUGCUUUGAAUGUCUUCAAUUAAACUGUCAAUAAAGUAUUACAAAAACACA